UGGCAGACAUUCUCCUAUCCACUGGUCUGUUCUAGAAACAUACCCUCUGCCAUCACCUGACUAUCCUGUCCAUUGGCUCCAUGACCCCACCUGAGACCCCCUCAAAUUCCCCUGCCUUAAGUCCUGCCACACCAGCCCAGGGUCACAUUGUCCACAACUGGAAGGUGCGAUGGUUCAUCCUCCGGCAGAACACGCUGCUGUACUACAAGCUCCAGGGGGGUCGGAAGGUGACCCCUCCCAAGGGCCGGAUCCUUCUGGAUGGCUGCACCAUCACCUGCCCCUGCCUGGAGUAUGAAAACCGGCCGCUCCUCAUUAAGCUGAAAACUCAAACAUCCACGGAGUACUUCCUGGAGGCCUGUUCUCGAGAGGAGAGGGACGCCUGGGCCUUUGAGAUAACGGGGGCUAUUCACGCCGGGCAGCCGGGGAAGGUCCAGCAACUCCACAUACUGAGAAACUCCUUCAAGCUGCCCCCUCACAUCAGCCUGCAUCGCAUCGUGGACAAGCUGCACGACAGCAGCAGCGGAAUUCGUCCAAGCCCCAACAUGGAGCAGGGAAGCACCUACAAAAAGACCUUCUUAGGUUCCUCCCUGGUGGACUGGCUUAUCUCCAACAGCUUUGCAGCCAGCCGUCUGGAGGCUGUGACCCUGGCCUCCAUGCUCAUGGAAGAGAACUUCCUUAGGCCGGUAGGCGCCCGAAGCACUGGAGCCAUUCGCUCUGGGGACCUGGCUGAGCAGUUCCUGGAUGACUCCACUGCCCUGUACACUUUCGCUGAGAGCUGCAAGAAGAAGAUAAGCCCCAAGGAAGACAUCGAUCUCAGCACCGUGGAGUUAAGUGGCACAGUAGUGAAACAAGGCUAUCUGGCCAAGCAGGGGCACAAGAGGAAAAACUGGAAGGUGCGGCGCUUUGUUCUGAGGAAGGACCCUGCUUUCCUGCAUUACUAUGACCCUUCCAAAGAAGAGAACCGGCCAGUGGGUGGGUUUUCUCUUCGUGGUUCACUUGUGUCUGCUCUGGAGGAUAAUGGUGUUCCUACUGGUGUUAAAGGGAAUGUCCAGGGAAAUCUCUUCAAAGUGAUUACUAAGGAUGACACACACUAUUAUAUCCAGGCCAGUAGCAAGGCUGAGCGUUCAGAGUGGAUUGAAGCUAUCAAAAAGCUAACGUGACAAUGACCUGAGGGGAACAGGACUAGGAAAUCCUCUCUCCUACCAGAUGGUACAGACAGGAUUUCCUGGAGAAUGGGAGUGUAUUGAGACUUUUAACUUCUUUUAUAUUUUGUACUGCUUUGGAGUGAGACUGGUGGAGUUCCUUAGAUUAUAAUCAGCAGAGGUGCCGUUUCCUUUCCCCGCUUCAGGUUGACAACCUGGAAAUGCUAAAUCGGCCAUUAGGCAUCAGCAUCUUGACUUUCGCCCAUCAUCACAACCAGCCUUUUCUUGGGCACCAAAGUAGGUUUUCCCUCGUUGUCACACUAAACUGGCCCUGUUGUAAUACUAAAUAAAUAACACUACAAGCUCAUGGUAGUGAUCUCUGAAAUGCCGUCAGCAACUCAACUCCUUGGGAAUUAGUAAAAAUUGACAUUU